AUGUUCACCAUUUUCCGGUGCAUGAUCGGUGACUGCACCUCGACUGGCGGGAGGUCUUUGCCGGCCGUUUGGAGUGAUGGUUAUGGAUGGGCCUUUUACGUCUUCUACUCGUUCUGCAUGGUUUGCACGAUCUUCGGAAUGUUCAACAUCAUCACGG